CUCUAUAAAUACAGCACCUUCGAAGUUUCACCAAUCCAUUCCCAGCCUUCACACAAAUCAAUUCCAAUAGCAGAAGCAGAAGCCAUUGCGAUCCUCUCCGACGACAUCGAAGAAACUACGAAUUCUACUCCUCCAAGUGAGCAGGAGAAGAAGGAGAACUCCACUACUCUGCUUCCGAACUCUGCCAAUGGGCUCGACAUGGAGAAGUACUCCUGGGGGCAGAGCCUCCAGGAAGUAACCAUCACCGCUCCGGUCCCUGCCGGAACCAAAUCGAGGCAGAUCACGUGCGAGAUCGAGAAGAAGUCUCUGAAGCUCGGGCUCAAGGGCGAGGAGCCAGCUAUGAUCAUCAUCGAGGGCGAGCUGUUCGGUCAGGUGAAAGUUGGCGAAUCAUUCUGGCAUUUGGAGGAUCAGAAGACGGUGUCUGUUCUGCUGACGAAAUCCGACGAGAGGAGGAACUGGUGGAAGUCGCUGGUGAAGGGAGGGCCGGAGAUUGAUACCCAGAAGGUGGAGCCAGAGCCCAGCAGGCUGGGUGAUCUGGAUCCGGAGUUGAGGUCGACGGUGGAGAAGAUGAUGUUCGACCAGCGACAGAAGGAGAUGAGCCGCCCCACGAGCGACGAGAUUCAGCAGCAGGAGCUGCUGAAGAAGUUUGAUUUCUCCAAGAUGAAGAGGGUCGACAAGUUCAGCAAUAUGGCUUAA